AUGCCUGAUGAUGAAGAGGAACAAGGAGAGAGUAUGGAGAAUGAAGUUGAAAAAAGUGAGCAAAGCAGUUCAAAAUUAUCACCAUCGAAUUAUGCUCCAGUUAUCCAUACGUCAACGAAUCUCUAUCAACUGGCGGAUAUUGCAACAAUGGCGCCUGACAUAGCAGCGUUGAGUGUACGUGAUGAUGAAGAAGUGGCCGAAUCGGAUCGAAUGGCCGAAGAACGGUGGAGCAGAAUUUGUGAAUCGCUAUCGGUGUUGUCUGCUGAAUUGGCUGAGAAUUUACGAAUGAUUAUCGAGCCAACAAUAGCAUCGAGACUUGAGUAUGUUACGAUUCUUUUCGAGAAUCUUGAUCGAUUCCUUUGGAAUAGUUUCAUUGGGGGCGAUACGAGAGCAUUGGGCCUGAAAAAUGUUUUGCUAUUNAUGGAUGACAACAAUAUGAAUCUGAUGGCAUGUCAGAGUGUAUGCGUUAUCGGAAGUGCAUUACGACAACUCGAAGUGGGUCAAUUGGCCAUUUGCAAAUUCGGUAGUAAAGUGAAAUUGUUGAGCGAUUUUUGUGCUCACGCUGAUAGCACACUAGGUGGACAACUCAUUCGAGAACUCACUUUCAAGCAGGAUAAAACUGAUUUAGUGAAUCUGUUGAAUGUGAGCAGAACGGUGAGCAGUCUUUGUUUGAUCAAUCUCAAAUUACAUAUUAUUUCAUUUGCGAACAUUUGA